UAUGGUACUGAGGCCACUGGCCAAGAUGCCAUUAAUGUGCCUGGAGAGCAAGUCUCAGAUAUGUCAGCAGGGUCUGUUCAAUCCAGAAGCCCUGGGGAUUACCCAUUGGUACUGCCUGUGAAAGAAAGGACCAUGGUAAGGGAGGAUGAUGAAGAUCGUGACAUCGAUGAAUCCUUACCCCAAGAUUCACUUCUCCCUUCUCAGCUUUCUCCAACACCAGAGAGCUUGCAACCUCAAAAAGUAUUUUUUCCUUCAAUGGCUUCUAAGGAAACUAUUGCAAUCCCGCAUUUACCAGUGGAACAUCAUAUCAAAAUUCCUCUGCCAGAUGAUUUUCUCUCCAAAAUUCCCCCAGAGAUGCCAGUGAUUGAAAGGGACCUGCCUGCUGUAGGCCAGGUAGUAUCUGAAGGCGGUGAUGGACUGUCUAGUUUAGAAUCUUCCGAGGGCAUGUCACAAGUGGAUAUCAAAGCUGAUAUUCCAAAGGAACAAGAAUUUUCAGAAUUGGGCCCUGAAGAUACAUUAAGUGGGGAGCCUGGGAGCCCACGUGCCUCAGUGGAAGAGGAUGCAAAAACACCAGAAAAGCAACCCGUACGUUCCCCGUCCGGGAAGCCAGUCAGUCGAGUUCCUCAGUUAAAAGCUCGUAAAAGCAGUGCAGCUGGAAGCGACGAGAAAAAAGCCAAGACAUCCACACCUUCCUCUGCUCAAACCUUCCUGAAAGGUAGACCUACCAUUAUCCCUAAACGACCCUCUCCUGUUAGCUCAGACCCUUCGAUCACACCCUCCAGCCCAGCUGUGUCCUCAGUACCAGGUUCCUCUCCUAAACACGUCUCUUCUGUCACAUCCCACACUGGCAGUUCUGGAGCAAAAGCCAUGAAACCCAAGGGGGCGGAGACUAAAAGCGGAAUAAAAAUGGCCACUCCCAGGGCGGCAGCACCUUCCGGUCAGAAAGGACCAGCCAACGCGACCAGAAUUCCGGCGAAAACAUCAGCCCCAAAGACACCUCCGAGUGCUGGUGAAUCUACAAAAUCUGGAGACCGAAGCGGCUACAGCAGCCCAGGUUCCCCAGGGACUCCUGGCAGCCGGUCCCGUACACCCUCACUGCCCACACCCCCCACCAGGGAGCCGAAAAAGGUGGCGGUGGUCCGCACGCCACCCAAGUCGCCAUCUUCAGCCAAGAGUCGCCUUCAGACUUCUACAGUCCCCAUGCCAGACUUGAAAAAUGUCAGGUCUAAGAUUGGGUCCACUGAAAACUUAAAACAUCAGCCAGGAGGUGGAAAGGUGCAAAUAGUAUACAAGCCAGUCGACCUGAGCAAGGUGACUUCCAAGUGUGGCUCAUUGGGCAACAUCCACCACAAACCAGGUGGUGGCCAGGUGGAAGUUAAAUCUGAGAAACUGGACUUCAAGGAGAAGGUCCAAUCAAAGAUCGGUUCCCUGGAUAACAUUACCCACGUUCCCGGCGGAGGACACAAGAAGAUCGAGUCUCACAAGCUAACCUUCCGUGAGAACGCCAAAGCCAAGACUGACCACGGAGCAGAAAUUGUCUACAAGUCACCCACCAUGUCUGGGGACACCUCCCCGCGGCACCUCAGCAACGUCUCUUCUACGGGAAGCAUCAAUCUCGUGGACUCCCCUCAGCUGGCUACGUUGGCUGACGAAGUCUCUGCCUCCCUGGCCAAGCAGGGCUUGUGAUCUUGCCCAGCAGUGUGGUAAUCAUGGAGAGAGGAGAGAGAGAGAGAGAGAGAGAGAGAGAGACAGAGAGAGAGAGACAGAGAGAGAGAGAGAGAGAGAGAGAGAAAGGAAAAAAGAAAGAAUAAUUGUACAGCCCUUCUUCCUCUGUUCCUUUCCCAGCUGUUUCUCACAGAUUACCUAAUUGGUCAAUGAUUUAACCAGGCCUCUAGCUCCAGAACCUUAAAAUCAGUGAUGGGAAUAAAAGCAAAUUUUGUCUUUACAAAUUGAAUUAUUGGGGCUAACAGUUAUAAUAAAUUUUUAAAAAAUUUUUCAAAAGGAAGCCACACCCACAUUUUUCUAGGCCAAUUCGAUUCAGUUAUUCCCUUUUUCCCCCCCAAGGUGAGAAAUGGAAUGCUAUCAAUGCUGCUGCUGGGGAGUUUCAAGGAACCGGCCUGGUGCCCAUCUCCUCCUCCUGCCCCUCCCCUCAGCCCCAGCAGCAGCAGCAGUGGGUUGGAGACCUGCCUUACCCAGAGAUUCACAGAGACCCCCAGGCCACGUUUAUGUCAGAGACAGAGAGAGAGAGAGAGAGAAAGUGGGUGGGUACCCUGUGCCCGCUCUACUGUCAUUAUCAGAGCUCAGAUGAAGACCAGAAAUGACAAGCUGUGAUAGGCACGAUUGUAAAACCAAAUAUCCAGGGUGCUGUUGAGGGGCACGUCGGAGCCAAUGUCUUGUGGGGAUGUUUGCUGGGGUUUUUGUUGUUGCUGCUGCUGCUGUCUUAUUUUACAGCUCUGUGGGGAAAGGGGUCCUUUGUCACCCUGAGCUUGUAAACUGCUUGGGAAUUGGUCUGAGCUUUCUGGAGCAGACUAGGAGUGUCUUCUGGAAGACUGCCCUAUGUACAGUGAUAGGGUAGGAAGGACACCGUGUCUGUUCCUAAGCCUCAAAGUAUUGACUUUGCUGUACUGAAAGCAGCUAGGUUUUUUGGUUUGUUUCUUCUCCCCUCAUCCCCCUUCCAGUGGACUGGUAGACCCUUAGGGAAGGGUCAUGAUGCCAGUAGAAGCUGUUUCCUGUCCCCUUCUAAAAGGUGCGCUGUGUCCGUACUGUCUGGGGUUCUGAGGCUACAAUCAGUGACUUGUGCUGGUUUUGUCGAUAGGAAUCGCUGUUCUUAGAGCUUACCUGUUAUCUUUGCCACAAGUCUUAGAGGACCACGCCUCCAGCUCUGGAGCACAAGGGGAGACAAAGCCUUGUUCCUAGCUGGGGUACUCCUUCCUCACCUCUCCCUCUCCCUCCUUUCCCAGUUCUUAAAAUCUGGGGCCUUUAGCGUUCUCUAGCCUCUCUGGCCUGGUUUGGGGAGGUCAAAGGUAUAAUGGGCUCUAGGAACCCAUAGACCUCAGGGGUGACUGGAAAGAGGUUGAUGCUGAGGUCACGUGCCAAUACCUGUGGCAUGGCUGGGGGAGAGGUGGAGGUGCUGCAGGCCAAACCCCCUCUUCCCCUUCUUCCCAUACCACGGAAGGCCAUUUUUGUACUUUAUGUAUACGUGCCCUUGGAAUUCUACAGUCAGUUUGGUGGUUCCUAAGCUUCAAAGUGUUGCCAUCCUAAGCCAUGCCCCCUUGUCCCUCUUACACAGCCUCUUAGCAAGUUCCUGAGGGUCCUGCCCUCUGGCACAUCACCCUCUAAGCCUCUUCAGCUACACACAGCAAAAGGGAAUAGCAGGAGCACCGUUCCCCUAGCCUUUGCGGGGUAAACCCUCCCCUGGGUGUUGAUCAGGUUGGAGAUGAGAGUGUUCUCUUUAGGGGAGAGGCCCACCUUUGGGCUCCAGAUUUUCUCUCCAAACCUUUGCUUGUCUCUAAUGAGCAUCUGCAGCUCAACUGUUUUGCAUCUCUCUCUUUGCCAAGUGAAUCUCAACCUUCCCUGUAGCCCCUAAAAAGUCAGUUUCUACUUGUGGGCAGUCAUCGAUCUUUGGUUCUAUUGCUUCAUGAUUCCUUUUCCUUCCAGAAAAAAAUUGCUGUGAGUAUUGCACUGACAUUCUCAAAGAUACGGCUGGUUGAGAGAGCUGCAGGAUCCAGGCCAUUUCACAGGGGACAGGUGGUGAGCCCUUCCCACCACGGUCAGUUAUCCAUGACCUGUCAGUGAGGGCCCUACCACUUCAGACAGUCACCAAAUCCGUUUUCCUUUCCGCUGUACUCUCUCCCUAGGGAAGGUAUCUCUACCUUCUCCUCCCACCCUCAUCCUUUCCAGAGAAUGCCCUAUCUCUCUCUGCCACUCUCCCCCCCCCACUCCAUAUUUAAUUGAAAGAUGCUUCUGUGUUUAAGCUGUGGAAUAAGUGAACAGAGGCUUCUCCUUCCUUUAUUUCUCAAUCAACUUGUGAUGUAUAGUUGCAUUUGUCUUGUAUAUGCUUGGAAUUCACCAGGGUGAUGAUUAUAAAAAAAGAAGAAAAAAAAAGGAAAAAAAAAAAGAAAAAAAACUCGCAUGUAUCAUUAAGUGCUUACAGAGCGGUUUCUAACCCUUGUGUGCACCCAGGGGCAAACUGCCCCCACACCCCAAGCACUGUCCGCACAAUGAAGCAGCUGCAAGAGUGAGAACUGACUUCUUAGUGUCCUGAGAGAGAUGGGCCCUGGGCAACUGUCGAGCUGUGACCACUCUACCGGCCCACCCCACCCUUGCUGUCUGCUCAGCUCCGGAAAGGUUUUCAGCAUCAAGAAUAUUCUGGAGACCAGACACCGACCCCAGGCAGAGGGGGAGUUAAUGGCCUCCAAUUCUUGGGGAGGCGGGGGAAUGGGGCUCUUCCUUCUCUCUGCACCAGGGCUGGGGUCGAGGGUGAAGUAACUGCAGACGUGGGAAGAGGAGCUGUCAGCUCCCGACUGAACCACCUCCUUUCCCAGGUUGGUUGCCCCCCAGCUCUGCAGUUGGAAUGAAAAGCUAGCGGAUCCCCGAAGGAAGUAAGCAUGUGAUGGACUUUGCCAGUUCUCCAGCUGUGGCACUUGUUUAAAUGAGGUUAUCCUUGAACUGUUGCAGAGAAGAAAUGAGGCCCUCCCCCAUCACUGGUGAUACAAAGGACUUAUGCCCUACCCUUCCCUUCACAUCCAUCCAUUUCAAAAAGACCUAGGGUCUGCACGUUUUGGAGAAACAAGUCACAUGGGGCCAGCCAGGUAGCUCCCAUCAACUAAACCUGAGAAUGGGACAAUGAGGGGCUCAGAGUCUAAUGGUCUGAGUUCUAGUUCCCCCCUCAGGUGCUUACUACUACGUGAUUUUGGGCAAGGCUCAACCUCCCUAGCUUUAGUUGCUCAUCUCGCACAUAAGGGGCUUUGUACUCGAUGAAGGCCAUUGAGAUCUCCUGGUGCUAGAGCCACCCAGCUUAGCCACAUCCGACCUCAAAGCAGAUACUGGAUUUUCCUCUAGGGAAGCCCAGGGGCCUCCCUGGCGAAGGGCGACUGGGACAAUGGGACUGAAGAGCUAGCAGCCUGCCCUCAGUAGGGCGGGCCGAAAGCACCUAACAGGAUUGUAGAACAAAGACAGUUGGAGGUUCUCUGGGGGCAUAAGCUGCCCGAAUGGACGUGUUGGGGAGAUGCCUCCUUGGCUCUGAAGGUCAGAGCUCUCCUUGAUAGGCCAAGCUAGACGAUGUCACUUUGGGAGCUGGCAAGGCAGGGUUCAGGUGAAGAAUGGUGGCACGAGGUUUCUGCCAGAAUGCUAUGGGCAGGUAUUUAUUGACAGCUCGCCAUUCCGUGACAAAGACGGCUGGAACAGGUGGGUGAAUGGAUUGGGGAACAGAGAGGUGGCAAAAUGGGGAAGUUUAGUUACUUCAUCAUUAGCUGCCAGUUUACCCCUUGGUUUCAUACUGUCUCUUAUCUCGGGUGAGAUGGGAAAACGGAUUUUUCCUGGAAAAUCCUAUUUUGAAGGGUCAGUACUGUCCUCUGUGAGAAUCCUACCAAGCAGGAAGAGGCCUCUGUCUGGGUUUGCUGCUGAUGCACUAUUAGGCUCUGGUAACUUCAUUUCAUUUUCGGGGUUCUCUGAAGCCACCAAGGUCUCAAGUCUUGACAGUCACUGCUCUAGGUUUGGGGAUCAGAGAGCAGUGAGGUGGGAAGGAUGCACUGAAGCAAGAAAGCAACACUGCAGCGUAAGAAGCUUUCCCUCCCCAAACCUCCAUGAGAUUCCAAGGAGAGGGCUGUUUGCUCAGCCCUAUGCUAACAUUAGCCCCUGCUGAGACUCUCCUGGCAUGACCCUGACUUAGGGAAGCUCUCCCUUGCCUUGGAACCUGAUCACCUCCAAGCCCACAAGCCUUUUGCUCCUCUGCUGAAGAUGGAGGGAAGCAAAUCAUCCUAGUGGCUAAACCAAGCCCAGUACUCCUUCAAUUGUAAGCCAGGAAGGGGUGGGGUGGCAUCAGGGGGAAGCAGAACCCGCCAUCCUAAACCAACCCUUGUGUCCUUGUCCUUUCCUGGCCUGAAGGGAGACAGAACAAGGUCUUGAUGUUGCUCCUUUGGCCGGACACAGCUCAGAAGUCAAGGUGGGCCAAUCAGAAGUAGACAGGCCUCUGGGCCCAGUGCAAAGAGGGAAAAUAAAUGUGACUGAGUUUGUAUCUUACAGAAUUGUUGCCCAAAUCCAAAAGCAUUUCUUCUUUAACUUCCUCCCUCCCCAUCUUGCUUGGAGAGGAACCAUGCAGGUGAGGUCUUGCUCAGGGCAGUGCACUGUAAUAGUCUUCCCUUGUGAGGCCAUCCAUGACACAGGUACCCAUUGUUUGGGUGCAGCUGUAGUCUUGCCUCUGAGCUCUUCAGAGCCCUAGCUUUAGGCAUUAAAGGAGCCAAGCUUGGCCUUGCCUGUCAUUGGUGUUUGUGAAUGGAUCAGGAAAAGCUUGACUUAAUCUUCAACAUUUUCUUGUCUCCCGGCCCCCAAUCCACUGGGGGAGGUCACUGGAUUUGUAACUUGAUGAGAAAAAUUCUUACAGGGGCAGUGAUUAGGCCUAGGGAGGUAGGAAUGCCAUCUCCACACCACCAAUACCAGCCACAGCCACUGGCUUAUAUAGACAUAGCCACUACCACUCAGCAAAACUGGGGGUGGGGUUAAAGAGAAAGACCUGAAGCCCUAGUUUUCUUCAAUUCUCUUCCUCCCUCAAUCCUAUGUAUUGAAUUCCACCUAGAUCACCUCUUGUGGUUGGAAUCUGCAUUUCCCGUUUGUGCCAUGAGGUAGUAGGAAAUUUAAAAUGGGCAAGAGGGCAGAAACCAAAAAGCUGAUAGAACUGACCCUUAAUUUCUUCCCCCUUCAAACCACCUUUUGGUGGGAGACUUUGUCUUUCUCUCUUACUCUCACACACACUGACACAUAGUGUCUUGCCAGAAGCUGCCCGGUAUGGGCAUCUAGGCCCCUUGGUGCCUCUCCCUACCAGGUCCCAUCGUAAGUAGUCAGAGAACUUUGAGAAAAUCUGAGGGCUGGCCAGAGUUCAGAAUGCUCUUCUUCCAAUGAUGCUGUUUUGGCCCAGGGAGUCUUCCCUCUGUUCAGUUUUCCCUACCCCACGUCUUUCCUUGGGCUUGGGGAAGCUGUACAUCCUAAUGAGCUUCUGAGAAGAACCCAUGUCCAAAAGGCACAGGCUUCCUUUCUUUCAAGUCGCUGGACUCCUCUCUUUUUCCACCUGCCCUGUGGCUGGAACUGCUCACUUGCUUAGGGGAGUUGGGAGCAGGCAAGUUACUUUUCUCCUCAGACUGUUUGAAAAGGGUUACAAAUGGGCACUGCCCUUUAUCUAUGGCUUAAUCUUCCACUGGGCCUUGACCCCAUGGGGAAGCACAGUUCCUGCAUUGUAAUCCACAUGGUUUCCUAAUUAAUUUGGGGGGUCGGGUGGGGGUGGGGGGUGUCGAACUCAUCCUAGCUUAGC